AUGGACGAGGGAGCAGUAGACAAAGUCGACGUCCUCGUCUCGGGCGCUGGGCCGGUGGGCCUCCUCAUCACCUUGCAGCUGCGCCGGCUGGGCAUCUCGACACUUAUCGUCGACGCUGCGGACAAGGCGUCGCCGAACUUUCCCAUGUACGGUCGAGCGUGUGCGCUGUUCCCCCGCACCCUCGAGAUGCUCGACCAACUCGACUUAUGGGAGGAGAUGGCACAGCAAGGCUGGGUGAACCCCGAUGCAGGCGCAACUUAUUACGAUGGGAAGCAAGUGCAACCGCUCGCCGACUUGACCGCCGUCCACCUCCGCGGCACCUAUUUCAACUUUUGGAUGAAUCUGCGGCUGAAGUACAGCGAGGACAUCUUCCGCGCGCGCGUGGCGGCGCUGGGGCCGAAAGUGCAGGCGCCGGUGCGAUUGGUGGGGCUGCAGCUGGAUGAGGACGCGGCGGAUGAUUACAAGGUCAGGGCUACGCUCGCGCGGCCGGAUGGGAAGUCGUGGACGGUGCGAGCGAGGUAUAUCGUUGGGUGUGAUGGCGCGCGGAGCGCAGUGCGCGAGCUGGCGGGUAUUGGGUUUGAUGGGGCGGAGAAGGAAGACCAUUGGGUGCGAGUCGAUGGGGUGGUGCGGACAAACAUCCCCGAUGCUAGGAGCGCCUACAUUCGGCUGGAGUCGAAGACGCACGGCCAGGUGCUGUGGGCGCAAUUGGACCACGGCGCUACCCGGGUCGGAUUCGCUCUUUCGCCGGAGCUGUAUGCCAAAUACGGCCAGCAUAUGACGCAGGAAGAUGCGGUCAAGGAAGCCAAGGCCGCUGUCGCACCAUUCGAGCUCGAAUUCGACCAGGUGGACUGGCACACUGUCUACACGAUCAAGCAGUUUAUUUCGGUCAAGUUGCAGGACCGUGAGCGAAUCCUACUCGCGGGAGAUGCGGCUCACGCGCACUCGUCCGGCACGGCCCAGGGAAUGAACACCGGGGUCCAUGAUGCUGUGUCACUGGCCUGGCGUCUCGCAGGGGUCUUGACUGGCAUGUACAAGCCGGGUGUCCUGCAGAACUACCAUUCGGAGCGCCAUGGCGUAGCACGGCACCUGAUAGAGAACGAUAAGACCAUAGCGGAGCUGAUUUCCGGACGCAGACCAGAACGGUUCAAAGAUCGACCGGAAGACAACUUCGUGCUCUUCAGCGAAUUCAUUCACGCCGAGUGGGACUUUACCAUGGGCAUGGGCAUCAGCUACCCGGCCAGUCUGCUGAACGAUGUUACUGGCUCGAGUCCGCCCAUCGGAGUCGUCCCGGGUUAUCGUUUCCCAGAUGCCAUGCUGCAAAAGCCGGGCUUUCGCGCUGCCGGACAUACAGUCCGUCUGCACGAGAUAACCAAAUACACCGGCAAAUUCCACAUUCUCAUCUUUGCCGGAGAUCCGAGAAGUACGAAAGUGCAGCUUGGGAAGCUCCGGAGGGACGUCGAUGAGCACGUUGGUAGAUUUCAACAUGCUGUCGAAUUCCGGACAAUCAUCUGCGGCCGGGGGCCCGCACACGGAGAGUGCCUGGGCGUCGAGCCCUUUGGCUGGGCGUACUGGGACGUUAAUCAAAGUGUGCACGGCCAAUACGACAUACCCUACAAGCGUGGCGUGAUUGCGGUGCUUCGUCCAGACGGCAUCCUGGGAUUUGUCGCCCCGCUCGAUGGAUUUGAAAGAGUGGUGACGUAUCUGGAACGCCUGAUCAUCCCACGGAAGCCGGAGACUAUGAUUAAUGGUGCGACGGCCGACAUUGGCGAGCUGAUCAACGCGGACGAGAAUAACUUGUAUUACAAGCGCAUCAACGGCCAAGAUGUGCCGGAGAGUGUGGAGCAGGGGACGGUGAAGUCAGUAGAAGGCGUCAGGAUCAGUUGA